AUGAGCGAAGAAUUCAAUUCUCAUAUGAAACGUUCGAGUUCAUAUCCUCCUUCAAAAGCUUUCAGCAGUGCGAACGCAGCUAGUGAAGCCUUGGCAGUAAGACCCCGUGGUAGAGCUCGUUCGUUGCUACUAAAGGUUAAGAAUGGUGUAAUUGACCAAUUCUCUCGCUUCAAGCGUUCCCGCAGCCGCGACCCUGGCCAAAGCGUCAACAAUGGAGGCGCUUUCAAAUCGACCCCGAAUAUCGAGGUUCAAAAGAAUACACCUUUUGCUGAGAAAGAAAAUGUUGUUCCUAAAUCGAUGGCCGUGCAGGAUCAAAACACUCUUCCUGAUGUGAAAGAAGGAGCUGUUCCUAUUGUGGCAUCGCAAAAAGUGAUGUUCCCCCCUUCGGCGUCUCGUGUGGUAGAUGGCGCUGAACUCCAAUCGGCGGAUGUGGCACUUCAAGCUGCUCGUGAAGCUACACGUAACAUCAAGGCACUUGGGGGACGUGCGGAAAACGUGAUCUCCAGAGCCAGAGAUGGACCAGCGGACCUCGAUACUGCAGACAAUUUGCAGAAUACGUAUCUCAAACCCCUCAGGAUAUUCGACUUUAUCAUCGAAGAGAUCACGGAUGUACGAGCCCUUCUUCUGCAUCGGGACCGGGCUGAUCCCAUUCCAUAG